AUCUAUUCACUUCUGCUUCUCUAUAAAUUAAAUAUCUCCCUUAGCUUAUAUAUAUCACACUCUCCUAGAUCUUCUUCUCCAUCCAUAUACCCUAGCUACCUACUUUUUCAUAUCUGAGUAGUAAGUCAUAUACUAUAUGACAAUGCAACUUGAUAAUAUGCAUGCUGCAGGUUAAUCUUAAAUAUGGUGACUUCUGAAAGCAAGCUAAUGUGUGUUUCCAAAUGCAGGAUCGAUAAAGGCAUCAACAGCUAGCUAGCUAGCUAGCUACCUACCUACCAAUCUAUAACAGAAGAAGAUUGAAAUCGUACUGAGCAGAUAUGGUGGUGUCUGUCAACGAUUCAGAGCAUCUCACCCAACCCAUAGGAAUGGAAGAAUCAGCCGACCCACCAUUCGAAGAAACGUACAAGGAUCUCAUCCUCAGCAGUUUCUCUAGCAAGAGUCGGAAGAACAUUCUAGAACUGUCAGCCGUGGAGGAAUGCGAGCUGCCACUGAUCGAUCUCAAUCAGUUAAACCACCUCGGAGAAUCCGAGAGGCAGCAGUGCAAGAAGCAGAUUGCGGAGGCUUCAAGAGAAUGGGGAUUCUUUCAAGUGAUUCACCAUGGAAUCUCUUGUGAGGUUCUGGAGAGGAUGAGAGAAGAGCAAGUGAAGCUGUUCAGGAAGCCCUUCCAGGAGAAGAUGAAUUACAGCGACAUCAACUUCUCCACCGGAAGUUACCGUUGGGGCACGCCGUCCGCCACCUGCUUGAAGCAGAUUUCAUGGUCGGAGGCUUUUCAUGUGUCCCUUAGCGACGUGUUGGGCUUGGGUGGACACACUAGCCUCAGCUCAAUUAUGGAGCAAUACGCAGUGUUGGUGUCCGAGCUGUCACACAAGCUCAUGGACAUCCUGGCCGAGGAGAUGGGCCAGAAUUCAUGUUUCUUUAAAGAAACAUGUUUGCCAAAGACUUGCUACCUUCGCCUAAACAGGUACCCUGCCUGCCCGAUUUAUCCACAGGUGUUCGGCAUAAUGCCGCACACAGACAGCGACUUCAUCACAGUGCUGCACCAGGACAACGUCGGAGGCCUGCAGUUAGUCAGGAAUGGCAAGUGGUUUGCUGUCAAACCCAAUCCCCAGGCCCUGAUUAUCAACAUCGGGGACCUGUUCCAGGCGUGGAGCAAUGGCAUGUACAAGAGUGUCGAGCACCGGGUGGUGGCCAAUCCGGUGGUCGAGAGGUUCUCAGCAGCCUACUUCUUCUGUCCAUCAGUUGAGACAGUUGUAGAGAGUGGAGCUGAUGAACCUCGGGUGUAUAGAAGUUUUAGCUUUGGGGAGUAUAGAAAGCAGGUGCAAGAAGAUGUCAAGGUUUUUGGAUACAAGAUUGGCCUGUCCAGGUUUCUCAAACACAAUCUUUGA